AUGUGCUACAAGGAAACCCGGCAUUGGAGCUGUAACUGUUCGCCCGCAGUCUACUACAACACCUGCAAGGAGAACCCCUUCAAGAGCGUCGAGCUAUGUUAUGUCUUCCAGAAGCUCCAGAGCUCCUCGGGAGUCCCAUGUAACGACUGUACCGUCUGGCCUACCCCGCCAUCGUCCCCGUCUGCCCGCAUCCGCCAACUCAAGGAUGUCUUUGAGUCUCGUGCUGACGCUGUCAAGAACCCCGCCCCGACCCAUGACUGUGCCCGAGGAGUUCGACAUCGCCGGGAUUCAGUUGGCAAGCUUGACGAGAAGUGUACCGAAUGCAGGAUCUGGGGCCUCCCUUGCGACUUGAAGGAACCUCACUGUAGUCAUUGCCUCCGGAAUGGAACUGUCUGUGAAACCGCUAGGGAAUGGCUAGGAAGGGUUAGUGGGAAGAGUCCGACUAAAAGCCGAUCUUCGUCCAUAUCUGCUCCAGAACCUCCUAUCGAUAUCCCAGCCGAAGACCCCACCAUUUGUACCAUCCAAACGACCAAUGUUCAAAACGCCAGCACCGAACUUCAGCAACUCAUCGAUGGCACCGUACCGCCCCCGAAUAUGGAAGACUACUCUAUUCACCAUAAGGCAACCGACGAAAGCUUGGCAGAUCUUAAGAAGAACAUUCGUGGAUUGAGGGCUGCUCUUACACUACUUGAAACUGAGAAGAAGGAGGCUAGCGAGGAACCGGAAGUUAUCAGCAAGCCGGAACCCGUCAAUGGCGUCCAGGACUUCACCAGUUUACCGGAAUUUAUGGACUUUUAUAUCGACAGACGCAAGGAUAGACUCGGCUGGCAGGAACAAAACGUCGACUACGGCUACAACAAUGUCGACUUCGACGUUUGUCCCCUGGAUGAUUCGCCUUCGCCUUUUAUUAAACAGGACGAAUCCUCGCCUAUGCCCUUUUCUUCGGAUGAAAUCGUCAUGGAAUCGACCCCGGUAGAAUCUUUCUUACCCGAGGAAGAACUAUCCGUACCGCAAGUACCACUCGUUAAUGAUCUCAAAUUCAGGAAAUCCCUAAACGACCUAAACACAACAAGCCGAAAGGUUCGUACUGCAGCUCAACAGGCAUACAGGAAACUGAAAGCCGUAGCUCGGAGCAGGAAGGCCUCACACGCCUUCAGACGCUUCGUUGAGUCGCUAGGAAGUUUGGAUAAUAUCCUGAGAAUUGGCUCCCAGACAUUUGAGAUGCUUCUUGACCAACAAACUCCACACUCUUUGAUCGAAAUCUACUGCUUCCUUCACUUCGCAUACGCCAUGUCCCAAGGUGAUACGGACCUCCUGCCCAAGUCUAGCGAGAGAGAGUUCCAAAAGGGUCUCCUUGUUUUCAGGUCCUGCCUUCCAUCUACCCCAGACGAUGAUGGAAACAGCCAAAGGGAUAUCUUUGAUGAGAUUGCUCAUCAUAUGGCACAUGAAUUGGAAUGCGCUUUGAGGUGGGCGAAGAAGCAAAAUUUGACCCCAACAAGUUUCCAAGGAUUGAGCUUGGAGGAUGUCUUGAGACUUCACUCCCAGCGAGAAGAUUCUUGCAAGGAUGUCAAUGAUGCCGUAAAUGCCGCCAUGAUGCACGGUCAAAACCUGACUAAGGCUACACUUUUUGGUUCUGCUCCUGAAUACUCUUGCAACGCUAUGGCUAGUUGGAAAGACGUACAAUCACUGAGAGUCUUCAACGGCAUCUCAGGAUUUUUGACUGGCUUAAACCGUUAUGGGUCACCGUUUAAAGUUUUCACUGGCGACUUCUGCAAAUCUAUUGCUUCUGGUAUCUACAAACACCCGCUUUACUCGAAGUCUUUCCGUCACUACAAUCGACUGUUUGAUGCCGAUGAAAUGCGAGAUGCCAUCAACAAUGGAGUUAUCUGCAACUUCGACCGCAAACUGAUCGCCCAUAGCCCCGUUGCUAAGGUUUUGGAUACAUCUUUGGAAAUGCUCGAUCUUGGAUCAUUGAUCACUCUCGAAGACUUUGUUGAAUAUGCCCGCGGACUUCUCUUGGUUGCCCUUCUUCCUUUCUGCGUAGCCAAGCUCGUUGAAGAAGAACUCAUUACCAGGUCCCAACAGCUUGUUCAACACCUUCCAGGAAAUCUUCUUCGUAGAGUUCAAUGGCCCGAGGGUAUCAUUGCCCCUGUCAAACCCGCUAUGGAAGACAACGAAUACGAUGUUGUCAACAUGGCACAGCCUACUCUUAUGGAUCCCUACUACCCAACUGUCUCUGCUCAAUACUCACCAUCCCACCACUCUUCUGUCGAGCCUAUGGAAUACGAAAUGUAUUCUUCGACUCCUGAGAGCACCCACAGCACUAUCCACUCCCAUGCUGAAACCAUGUCUACUCCUCAUACUUCUUCCUGCAGUGAAGAAGGUGAUUCCCCCAAAUGCAACGCCUCUCCUUCUACCCCAUCCCUCGUUUGUCCAACUUGCCAAAAGACCUUCACAAACAAAUCAAACCUCGCGCGUCAUGAACGUACCAAGCAUACUCCUGGUGCUGCUGGUUCUAAGAAGCAACUCAGAUGCCCAAUUCCAGGCUGCAAGACUAUGCUCGGUUCUGCUCGUGCGAAGGAAAAUAUGCGAACACAUUUGAAGAAGAAGCAUGGCAUCGAACGACCGGGGAUGGAAGAAGUUAGAUGGAGAGUUGACGUUAUGGGGUGUGUAUAA